CAGGCUGCACUCGGCGGGACCGACAGAGGCAGAACAGUCCACACCACGAGCCUCCUGGCACACGGAGGGGUCCCCUCUCCACACACAGACCAUUUGGCUGGCGACUGCUGAGCGCCUCGGGUCGUCGCGGAUGCCUGCGAAACAGGGGCUCCCUUCACCCGGCUCAGCCCGAAGACAGCGGGUUGGGCAGUGUGCACCCGGCACUGUCAAUGAGUAACCCGCCCCAGCGGCUAGCCUUGGGAGUGGGGCAGGAGGGUGGAAAGGAGGCCAGUUUCCCACUGGCUCCCAGACGAGGUGCAGGUGUGGAAAGGCGAGUUUGUGAGCCUCUUCGGUUGGCAAGGACAGUUUCAGGAGGGUCUGUUGGUGCUUGCUUUCUGUAGACGGAAGUCAAGCAGUCUUGGGCACUGCUGAGGAGGCCCAGAGACAGAUUAGUCCAGGAGAAGCCCACCCGGCAGGCCUGGGCAUGGGCAAAGUUAGAGCUGGGCUUUGGCUGUGAGCCUGGGCAGGGCCUGAGAUGUGGGGAGGUGGUGGGAGGUCCUGGUUGUGCAAGUUGGGAAUGAGAGGCUUGUCUCCAAAUCAGCCCUUUCAGUCUGCUCUAGCCUGGCCGUUAAUAAAAGUGGGGCUAAUGCCUUUUCCUUUGAGAGGCCAAGUGGCCAGGUGGUGUAAGCCUCACAAUCUCCUCUACCAGCCAGGUUUCCUUGAAAGUGAAAUGGGGGCUCAGUGACCAUGUGGGGAGUACCUAGUCUGUGCUGAUGUCUGUGGCAGCUGGUGGGCCUCUGAAUGAAGAGCCAUACUCUCUGCUUUUAAAGAGCUUUGAGUCCAUACUAGGAGGAUGGAAAUGGCAGAGAAAUGGUCUUGGGUAGUGCCUCUAAUGCUGGCACACACUCUACUGGCAGGGCAGUAUGUGCUAGUCUGGCUAGGUGUGUCCAGUCCAUCCACCACGCAGGUGACCUCCUCCAGAGCAAGAGAGGGGUGGGAAGGCUCCCAGGGAGAUGAUGGCUGGGUGUGGGGGUGAAUAGGACAGAGAGGGAGUGGGCAUUCCAGUAAUGGGAACAGCCCUUGCUUGUGAUGGCAGGGAGGAGUGGAACAGCCUUCCUUCAGGCAGGAACGAAAAGCAUGCAUGUGGGAGGAUGUGGACCAAAGGGCUUGACCUUUAUUCCUCAGGCCUGGCAGACCCCAAAGCCUCAGGAAGACGGAUGCACUUCAUUUCUGUUCAAAGAAAAUAUGGAGAGGUUGCAUGUUUGUGUGUGUGUGUGUGUGUGUGUGUAUGUGUGUGUGUGUGUGUGUGUGUGUGUGUGUUGGACAGCUAGGGGCUGCUCUGUGAGAUGGCAGAGGUUAAGUGAAGCACAUGUGUCCGGUACAGAAGAGAAAGCGUCACUGUCCUAUGGUAUGUAGGGAAAAAGGAAAGAGAGCUAGGUCCUGCUUCAUAGGAAGACUGCAAUUGAAGAAGCCUGGCAUAAUUCCCUGGAGUGGAUCAGCCUCUGACUUCCCGUGUGUCCUGGCCAGGAGCUCUGCUGGUUCCAAACAUUUCUUCCCGUGGGUUCCUUGACCCAGCUGUGAUUUCACAUUCAGGGAGUGGUUUUGUUGCUGUCCCUUGAGGACUGGAGAACCUUGGCAUGCAGUAGGCUCUGAGCAAAUAUUUGCAAGCAAAUUAAACACUGAAUGUUGGUCUAACUAUGGGACCCUAUGCCCAAGGCACAUCCCUGGAAUGAGGGGGCAGGAAAAGUGGUCAGUAGCCAAGUGAAGGAGGUGGCCUCUGCCUAUCCUCAGUUGGACCCUGUAUUCCCAGAGGAAGAAAUUCUCUCUAGCCCUUGGAAACAAGGUGGGGGGCUCCUGGGCAGCCUGGCUUUGCCACAGUCCUGGGCUUCUGGCUGGGUUCGAGACUUUCCCUGACACCUCCUUCUUCCCACCCCCUUGGGUGGCAAACAGAGGCAGCCUUGUUCCCGCUCCCAUAGAGCUGCCCUGUUCUCUGCACACUAAAAAUGGAAACCCCCAAGCUAUUUUGGGAGCAGUGCCCAGCCAGGCUGUGGCCACGGCCCCCUUCUCCACAGUGUCCCUGCUCCACCAGGCUGCUGGACCUUCUCUGAGCCUUGUGCUCAUCCCUGCUCACUUGGACAGCCUCAGGAGCACUCUGCUGGGAUGAGCACACCUAGGAGGAGGGAAACAAGCAGGAUAUUCUGCAGAGAGCCUGGCAGCUGGGUGGUGGGAGGGACUGGGCAACAUGGCCUGGGCACGUGCAAGUAGGGAAAGUGUCUCUCAGUCUGGGAUGCAUGGUUUGUCCUAGCACCUCACCAACUUUGCUGCUCCUGGUGAGGGACCAUUGGGCUCUGGGGAAGGUGGUUUGCCAUGGUUUCUUAGUUCUGGAACUCGAGAGCCUCAGCUGGGCAGCACCCAAAGUCUGGGGAGGUCCUUGGAAUGGACUUGAGGUUGGGGGAGAGCCAUGCAUAAUGAUUUCCUCAGGACACCCUCCACUUACCCUACAUCUGGUCCCUGUCUCUACUCUGAUCUUCAGGAGAAGAAACAUCAAAAAGAUGGCCUGCCUUCCACAGCUCUCUAGCACUAAGUGUUUGAGCUAGGAAGUGUGGAUGAGUCUGUCUGGUGUCUAAAUAUUCAAAUGUGGAUGGUUGUGUGGGUAUGUCUCUGGUGGGUGACUCCUGCUCUGGUCAUGCUGUUGUCCCCUGAUCUAGCUGGCCAUCCCAGGUGACCAUGCCUGCCCUUGGCUCAGCUCUUCUCCAGGCGCUCUGGGCUGGGUUGGUCCUUGCCCUCCAGCCCCCUCCACCAGCUGCUUUCACUCCCAAUGGCACACAUCUACAGCACCUGGCAAGGGACCCCACCUCAGGCACCCUCUAUCUGGGGGCCACCAACUUCCUGUUCCAGCUGAGCCCUGAACUGCAUCUGGAAGCCAUGGUGUCCACAGGCCCUGUGCUAGACAGCAGAGAUUGCUUACCACCCGUGAUGCCUGAUGAGUGCCCCCAGGCCCAGCUUACCAACAAUCCCAACCAGCUGCUCCUUGUGAGCCCAGGGGCCUUGGUGGUGUGCGGGAGUGUGCACCAGGGUGUCUGUGAACAGCGGCGCCUGGGACAGCUUGGGCAACUGCUGCUGCAGCCAGAGCGGCCUGGGGAUACUCAGUAUGUGGCUGCCAAUGACCCUGCAGUCAGUACCGUGGGGCUGGUGGCCCAGGGCUUGGCAGGGGAGCCCCUCCUGUUUGUAGGGCGGGGAUACACCAGCAGGGGUGUGGGGGGUGGCAUUCCGCCCAUCACAACCCGGGCCCUGAGGCCGCCAGACCCCCAAGCUGCCUUCUCCUAUGAGGAGACUGCUAAGCUGGCAGUGGGCCACCUCUCCGAGUACAGUCACCACUUCGUGAGUGCCUUUGUGCGUGGGGCUAGUGCCUACUUCCUGUUCCUGCGGCGGGACCUGAAGGCUCCAUCUAGAGCCUUCCGGGCCUAUGUGUCUCGUGUGUGCCUUUGGGAUCAACACUACUACUCCUAUGUGGAAUUGCCUCUGGCCUGCCAGGGGGGCCGCUACGGACUGAUCCAGGCUGCAGCUGUGGCCACAUCUGGGGAGGUGGCUGGUGGGGAGGUGCUCUUUGCAGCCUUCUCUUCAGCAGCACCUCCUACUGUGGGCCAGCCACCUUCUGCGGCUACUGGGGCAUCGAGAGCCUCUGCACUCUGUGCCUUCCCCCUGGACGAGGUGGACCGGCUUGCUAAUCACACACGAGAUGCCUGUUACACCCGGAAGGGCCUCGCUGAGGACAAGACUGAGGUGGCCUACAUUGCAUAUCAUGUUAGUUCGUCCUGUGACCAGCUGCCAAUGGAUACCCCGGAUGCUUUUCCCUGUGGCUCGGACCACACGCCCAGCCCCAUGGCCAGCCGUGUCCCGUUGGAAGCCACACCAGUUUUGGAGUGGCCAGGGGUUCAACUAACAGCUGUAGCAGUCACCAUGGAGGAUGGGCACACCAUUGCUUUCCUGGGAGAUAGUCAAGGACAGCUGCACAGGGUGUACCUGGGCUCGGGGAGCGAUGGCCGCUCAUAUUCCACACAGAGCAUCCAGUGGGGGUCUGCAGUGAGCAGAGACCUCACUUUUGAUGGGACCUUCGAGCACCUGUAUGUCAUGACUCAGACCACACUUGUGAAGGUUCCUGUGGCCUCCUGUGCCCAGCACCUGGACUGUGCAUCUUGCCUUGCCCACCGGGACCCGUACUGUGGGUGGUGUGUUCUCCUUGGCAGAUGCAGUCGCCGUUCUGAGUGUUCCAGGGGCCAGCACCCAGAGAAGUGGCUGUGGAGCUUCCAGCCUGAGCCAGGCUGUCUGCAGGUGGCAGCCAUGAGCCCUGCCAACAUCAGCCGAGAGGAGAAGCAGGAGGUUUUCCUGUUGGUGCCAGACCUGCCACCCCUGUGGCCAGGGGAGUCAUAUUCUUGCCACUUUGGAGAACAUCAGAGUCCUGCCUUGCUGACCAGUUCUGGUGUGAUGUGCCCUUCUCCAGACCCUAGUGAGGUCCCAGUGCUGCAGAGAGGAGCCGACCAUAUGUCUGUGAGUGUGGAGCUCAGGUUUGGCACCGUGGUGAUCGUCAGAGCUUCCCUCUCCAUCUAUGACUGUGUGGCAGUCACUGAGCUCCACCCAUCUGCACCGUGCCAGGCCUGCGUGAGCAGCCGCUGGGGCUGUAACUGGUGUGUCUGGCAACACCUGUGCACGCACAAGGCUGCGUGCGAUGCUGGGCCAAUGGUGGUGAGCCAGCAGAGCCCGCUUUUCUCCCUAGCCCCUCCUGCAAGAGACAUGCCUAGUCCCCUCCCACCCACAACCCCCCAAACCAUGGUCACCCCUACUUCUUACACUGUUCCUUUGGAGCCUGGGGCUCCCUCUAUAACCCCAGCCUCAGAUGUGUCACCUGGGGUCAGGCCUUCCCUGCUCAGUCCCUGGAGGCCAUGGGCAGGACCCGGCCCCAUACCUUCCCCCACCUCCACAGAGUCACCUCUCCACGAGAAGCCCCUCCUGCCCAGCUUCCCCACCAGACCUGGAAACUCUGUCCCUGCCCCCACUGACUUGGGACCUUCAGCCGUACCUGAGGACCUCUCGACCUCCCACCUGGCACCCUCAGAAGCAGCAGCAAUGCCCCCUGCAGAGCCUGACCCUGAAGCCCUUUCCUCUACGGUGGCCCUGGACCAGCCCCCUGGCACUGCUCCUGCCACCACUUUCCCAGGGGCCGCUGGCUCCACGAAGCCCGCUCUGGACUGGCUCAUGAGAGAAGGCGGCGAGCUGCCCGAGGCAGACGAGUGGACAGGGGGUGACGCGCCCGCCUUCUCCACUUCCACCCUCCUCUCAGGUGAUGGAGACUCAGCAGAGCACGAGGGCCCUCUCGCCCCCCUCAUCCUCCUGUCCAGCCUGGACUACCAGUACGACACCCCCGGGCUCUGGGAGCUGGGAGAGGCGAGUUGGAGGGCCGGCUCUUGUCCCUGUGUGGAGAGCGUCCAGAGCUCUACACUGAUCCCUGUCUCCGUGGAACGAGAGGUCCACUUGCGUGGCCAGAAUCUGCGCCUCCUGCAGGACAGCCCAGGAGACAGUGAGUGUGUGAUGCAGCUGGAGGGCCAUGAGGUGGUAGUGAAGGCCCAGGUUGAGUGUGAGUCGCCUCCGAAUACCUGGUGCCAUGUCAAGUGCCAGCAGCACCAGCUCAGCUAUGAGGCCCUGCAGCCUGAGCUCCGGGUGGAGCUGUUUCUGCGUUGGGCCGGCCGCCUGCGUGUGGACAGUGCGGAUGGGCUGCAUGUGGUACUGUACGACUGUUCUGUGGGACACGGGGACUGCAGCCACUGCCAGACUGCCAUGCCCCAGUAUGGCUGUGUGUGGUGCGAGAGAGAACAUCCGCGUUGUGUGGCCAAGGAGGCCUGUGGCAAGUCUGAGGCUGUAGCCACCCAGUGCCCUGCACCCCUCAUCUCCUCGGUGGAACCACUGACUGGGCCUGUAGAUGGAGGCACUCGCGUUACCAUUAGGGGCUCCAACCUGGGCCAGCAUGUUCAUGAUGUACUAGACAUGGUCAGGGUGGCUGGAGUGCCCUGUGCUGUGGAUGCCCAGGAUUAUGAAGUGUCCAGCAGUCUCGUGUGUAUCACUGGGGCCAGUGGGGAGGAAGUGACUGGUGCUGUGGUAGUGGAAGUGCUGGGAAGAGGACGCGGCAUCUCGGAGCUCAACUUUGCCUACCAGGACCCCAAGGUGCAUUCCAUUUUCCCAGUUCAAGGCCCCAGAGCUGGGGGUACCUGCCUUACCCUGCAUGGUUCCAAGCUCCUGACGGGGCGCCUGGAGGACAUUCGAGUGGUGGUGGGAGACCAGCCUUGUCGCUUGCUUCUGGAGCCACAGUUGGAGCAGCUGCGCUGUGAGACCAGCCCGUACCACAUGCCUACCACCCUUCCUGUGAUGGUGUGGUUUGGAGCCACUGAGCGGAGGCUUCAGCAUGGCCAGUUCAAGUAUACGGCAGACCCUAAUGUCACCUCUGCUGGCCCCACCAAGAGCUUCCUCAGUGGAGGACGUGAGAUCUGGGUCCGUGGCCAGAAUCUAGAUGUGGUGCAGAUGCCAAGAAUCCGAGUGACUGUGGCUUCAGGACCUCUGCAGCCUGGUCAAGGUCUGGGGCGGAGGCGCCGUGUGGUCCCAGAGGCAGCGUGUUCCCCUGGAGCUUCCUGUGGUGGACAGCAUUUUGAGGAGCCUUGCAAUGUGAACUCCUCCCAGCUCAUCCUGUGUCGCACACCUGCCCUCCCUGGCCUGCCUGAGGACCUCUUGGUUCAGGUGGAAUUUAUCCUCGAUAAUUUGGUCUUUGACUUUGCAACACUGAGUCCCACUCCCUUCUCCUACGAGGCUGAUCCCACCUUGAAGCCCCUCAACCCUGAGGACCCUACUGCACCAUUCCGACACAAGCCCGGGAGUGUGUUCUCUGUGGAGGGAGACAAUCUGGACCUUGCAAUAUCCAAAGAGGAGGUAGUGGCCAUGAUAGGAGAUGGCCCCUGUGUGGUGAAGACACUGACCCGGUACCACCUGUAUUGUGAGCCCCCCAUGGAGCAGCCUUUGCCAUGGCAUCAUACCCUCCGGGAGGCACCUGACACUUUGCCUGAGUUCACGGUGCUCCCUACACAGGUGCAGAUGGGGAACCUGCACUUCUCCCUGGGUCAUGUGAAGUAUGAUGGCGAGAGCCCUGUGGCCUUUCCUGUGGCAGCCCAGGUGGGCUUGGGGGUGGGCACCUCUCUUCUGGCUCUGGGUGUCAUCAUCAUUGUCCUCAUGUACAGGAGGAAGAGCAAGCAGGCCCUGAGGGACUAUAAGAAGGUUCAGAUCCAGUUGGAGAAUCUGGAGAGCAGUGUGAGGGACCGCUGCAAGAAGGAAUUCACAGACCUCAUGACUGAGAUGACCGAUCUCACCAGUGACCUUCUGGGCAGUGGCAUCCCCUUCCUUGACUACAAGGUGUAUGCAGAGAGGGUCUUCUUUCCCGGCCACCGGGAGUCACCCUUGCACCGGGACCUUGGUGUGCCUGAGAGCAGGCGACCCACUGUGGAGCAAGGCCUGGGACAGCUGUCCAAUCUGCUCAAUAGCAAGCUCUUCCUCACCAAGUUCAUACACACGCUGGAGAGUCAGCGCACCUUCUCAGCUCGGGACCGUGCCUAUGUGGCAUCUCUGCUCACUGUCGCCCUGCAUGGGAAGCUUGAGUACUUCACCGACAUCCUCCGCACCCUGCUCAGUGACCUGGUAGCCCAGUAUGUGGCCAAGAACCCCAAGCUGAUGCUGCGCAGAACAGAGACUGUGGUAGAGAAGCUGCUCACCAACUGGAUGUCCAUCUGCCUCUAUACCUUCCUGAGGGACUCAGUAGGGGAGCCUCUGUACAUGCUCUUCCGAGGAAUUAAGCAUCAAGUGGACAAGGGGCCAGUAGACAGUGUGACUGGCAAAGCCAAAUACACCCUCAACGAUAACCGGUUGCUCAGAGAGGAUGUGGAAUACCGACCUCUGACCUUGAAUGUGCUGUUGGCGAUGGGGCCUGGGACAGGAGAGUCCCAGGGUAUGCCUGUGAAGGUCCUGGACUGUGACACCAUCUCCCAGGCCAAGGAGAAAAUGCUGGACCAGCUUUAUAAAGGAGUGCCUCUUGCCCAGCGGCCAGACCCUCACACCCUGGACGUUGAGUGGCGGUCUGGGGUGGCUGGUCACCUCAUCCUCUCUGAUGAGGAUGUCACUUCCGAGGUCCAGGGUCUGUGGAGGCGCCUGAACACUCUGCAACAUUACAAGGUCCCAGAUGGAGCAACUGUGGCCCUUGUCCCCUGCCUCACCAAGCAUGUUCUCAGGGAAAACCAGGAUUACGUCCCUGGAGAACGGACUCCAAUGCUGGAAGAUGUAGAUGAGGGAGGCAUCCGGCCCUGGCACCUGGUGAAGCCAAGUGAGGAGCCAGAGCCACCCCGGCCUCGGAGGGGCAGCCUUCGGGGUGGGGAGCGGGAGCGAGCCAAGGCCAUCCCCGAGAUCUACCUGACUCGCCUGCUGUCCAUGAAGGGCACCCUGCAGAAGUUUGUGGAUGACCUGUUCCAAGUGAUUCUCAGCACCAGCCGCCCUGUGCCUCUGGCUGUGAAGUACUUUUUUGACCUGCUGGAUGAGCAGGCCCAGCAGCACGGCAUCUCAGACCAAGACACCAUCCACAUCUGGAAGACCAACAGCCUACCUCUGAGGUUCUGGAUCAAUAUCAUAAAAAACCCGCAGUUUGUGUUCGACGUGCAGACGUCUGAUAACAUGGAUGCGGUGCUCCUUGUCAUCGCACAGACUUUCAUGGAUGCCUGCACCCUGGCUGAUCACAAGCUGGGCCGGGACUCCCCCAUCAACAAGCUUCUGUAUGCUCGAGACAUUCCCCAUUACAAAGGGAUGGUGGAAAGGUACUACGCAGACAUUAGACAGACCGUUCCAGCCAGUGAUCAAGAGAUGAACUCUGCCCUGGCGGAGCUUUCCCGGAACUAUUCUGGUGACCUUGGGGCACGAGUGGCGCUGCAUGAACUCUACAAGUAUAUCAACAAAUACUACGAUCAGAUCAUCACUGCCCUGGAGGAGGAUGGCACAGCCCAGAAGAUGCAACUGGGCUAUCGGCUCCAGCAGAUCGCGGCUGCUGUGGAAAACAAGGUCACGGAUCUGUAGAGACCUGGGAGCCCUGGUCUGCUGUUGCCUUCACCCUGUCGGGGCAGCCUUGGAACCUUGAAGGAGAGACCACCGUCUUAGAUGCCUAUAGUGACUGACAAGCAGAGUUAGAGAAAGGUGGCUCCCAGUCUCCUUGUAGCUCUGGCCUGAGCGCUGUUGGACCAUCUUAUAGGCCUGGGGCCUUGAGGCCCAUAGGGCAGUGCCUGGCCAGGUCUGAGCCCAGUGACCCUGUGAGCUACUUCCUGUGUGACACCAGCCUACAGGGAGUUGGGGAUUAAGUGCUUCCAGAGAGUGGCUGGAAGGGCUUCCAGGCCCCUGAGGAGACUGUACUGUUUGUGAGCACUGGCCUUUGUCCUGCCAGGAUACAGAGAGGAAGGAAAACCUUCCUAUUUCUUGUCUUCCUCUUUCAUCCUCCUUGAACUUGGUUCAGCUUCCUCUGUCGCUGCUGCCACCUGCAAGAGAUAAAUGCCAUUUCUAGGUCACUGCACACUGACCUCUCAGGUGGGCUGGCUACCUCAGGCUACCCAGCCUCCCAGGCAGCACUAGGUACCCUGUGUGAGGGGCAUGAGCUGCAGGGGGCCCUUGAGGAGAGGGUGGCCUGCUCACCCAGCUUGUCAUUAAAGGAUAACACACUGCAUCGAGUCUGAUGUAUGGGCCACCCAGCCCUCCCCUAGUAUGUGGGAGGCAGCUGUGCUUAGCAGGCACCUGGGGGAGGCUGACUGUGUAUGUGGAGGGGUCUGGCCCUCAUGAAGGUCCCCCACUGCAGGGCUGGCUGGCUGUCCUUGGCUCCAGGGCAUGUCCAGGGAAGGAAGUGAGAGCCCCAUCCAGGACAGGGCUGGGGGAGGCCUGUGACUCAAGGUGGAAGGGUCCAAUGUCUCUUCAGGGGCCCUACCUGUCUGCAAUUUGAGGGUUUUACUAUCUUCACUCAUAUUCCAUUUGUUUUGAAAGGAGUUGGGGCAGGAUGGCACCAUGGCAGGCACCUCCAAACAGUGUGGGUUUUUUCUAUGGUCCUGUGUCUGGACCCCUGGUUUCACUACUUUCUUCCAAGUCAAGACAUCUUAGGGCAGGGGUUCAACCCAACGGCCUGCCUGCAUGAAGGCACCUUGUGUGUUUUUCCCCAUUUGUAGAUGGAGGUGAGUUUUGAGACUGUUUUAGUGGGGUCUCACAUUGCUGUUGGAUCAGUAAGGGUGGGGGCUGAUGCUCUUUGAGACUACCCUUGGCAUCAGCAGGCCAGACCCUCACCGAACAGAAGCGAGAUGAGGGCCCUUCAGGUGAGGAUCCCGAGGAGGCUCAGCCCUUUUGCUCUUUGCUUACUCCCCAUUACCCAGUGACCUCCACCCCCGCCUCCCUUGCCCUCUGUCUAGAACCCUUAGCCUCCCCUUGAGUGUUUGAAGAGACAGAUGGUGAUACAUUUCCAGGGAGAGUUCUUUCUUCCUCUUCUUGGCUCUAAAGCAAUCUGCAAAGUCUUUGUCCCUAAGAUAACAGGAGUCACACAGUUGGUCUUGUUCAUCCAUGUUAGGGGGAGUCACAGCUGCUCUUUUGUGCUGGCUCUAAUGACCCUACUCCAUUUCUGCCAGAUGUGGGGACUACAGUCAGGUGAUGUCAUUUAGGAGCAUGUGAACUUUAGUUCUUUGAGUGCUCCAGGUAGGACUUUUUCUUUUCUGUUUUUUUUUUUUUGGUACCGGGGAUUGAACUCAGGACCUUGCAAUUGUGAGGCAGGCAGCAGCACCUCUGAGCUAAAUCCCCUUUCUUUUUGGUACUGAGGAUUGAACCCAGGGCUCACACAUGCUAGGCAAAUGCUUCACCAUGGAGCUACAUCACCAGCCUUUUAAAUUUUUUUUUUUUUCAAGACAAGGUCUUGAAAGUUGCCCAGACUGGCCUCAAACUUGUGAUCCUCCUGGUUCGGCCUCCAAGUAGCUAGAAUUACAUGUGUGUACCACCACACCAGGCCCAGCUAGGUUUUUAUAGUCACUCGAAAUGGUAAUGAAUUUCCACUGGUGGCUCUGGCAAACUAUGGAGUUGACAGUCUCAGGGAGCAGGGCCAAUGGGGAAUUAGCCCAGGGUGGACUUGAGCAGGUACAGAGGGAGACAGCCUUGGUCGACACCAUAGGGGCUGUGCCAGCUGUGCUGCUGUGCCAGGCUCUGGUGUUGAGGGCUCCCUGCAGAGGAGGGCCAAGUCCUGCAUGCCCGAGCCUGUGCACAUGGGAGCAUAAGUGCUGAACAUAAUCUAAAUCACACUCAUCUCUCCCCUCACAGAACAUUGUGGUGAUAAAAGAUGUAAAGGAGCUGGGCAUGGUGUUGCACACCUGUAAUCCCAGCACUUGGGAGGCUGAGGCAGAAGGAUCCUUGCACGUUUGAGGCCAGCCCGGUGUACAUAGCGAGAUCAUGUCUCAAAAAACCAAAAAUAAAACAAAACAUGUAAAGGAGGGAAAAAAACCCACCACAAAAAGAUAGGAAACUUCACUUAGUUGAGUGGAGAUGCCAGCACUGACAGGAGUUUGUGGUUGUUCACUUGGGUUUACGCCACAAUUUCACUGUAGAAAUUUGUGAUUCAGUUUGACCAAUCUUUUCUCACCAACAUUGCAAAGGUGCAAACCUGUUAGCAUAUAGAGCUGAUGUUUCCCAUCAUCUGAGGCUCCUUGAGGACUUUAUGGAAUGACUUGGUUUCUUAAAGUAGCUUUCACUAAUUUAAAUAUUGGAGUAAUUGUCCAAAUGGUUAGAAGAUCAAGGAGUAUUUUCAUUAACUUGUUGAUGUUGAAAAAAUCAUGUGCUGGUCAGUAUAACAGCUGAAUUUGUGAUAAUAAAUGUUGGAAUCAUC